AUGAAUAAAGAGGAGAAACCCAACAGCGUGUAUGUAGGUGAUAUGAACGAGACAGAAUUAGUACGUAACGUUGCCAACUUUGGUGCUGUUAGUUUACCACUCCUCUUUGCAUUUAAGACCAGUAGUUCAGAUGAUGAGACAAUCAUCAAAUUAUACAAAGCCAUGGAUCAUCAAAACGUGAUCAAAAUGGAUAUGGCUUUCGGAUCAUCAUCAAUGCUGUUGUUGGGGAAGUGGAAUGAAGAAGAUCAUGUGAACCUGCAAGAGUUUGACAUUAAACCAGAUGAUCAUGUUGUGCCACCACUUCAACCUCUAACUGUUCCUCUAAGGAAACGAAAAAAUCCUGCUGAUCUGGAUGCAGCAGAGAUUGUAGCACUAUCUCCUACCACCCUAAUGACGAAAAACAGGUUUGUUUGUGAGGUAUGCCAUAAAGGCUUCCCAAGGGAUCAAAACUUGCAACUUCACAGAAGGGGACACAAUCUGCCAUGGAAACUUAAGCAGAGGACUAGAGAUGUGAGGGUGAAAAGAAAGGUGUAUUUGUGCCCUGAGCCUUCUUGCAUCCACCAUAACCCUUGUCAUGCUCUUGGAGACCUCAGUGGCAUCAAGAAACACUAUUCCCGAAAGCACGUUUCUGAGCGGAAUUACAAGUGCCUACGAUGCCCAAAGAUGUAUGCUGUCGAAUCCGACUUGAAGGCGCAUUUGAAGGUUUGUGGCAAGAAAGGGUACCGAUGUCAAUGCAACACUCUCUUCUCAAGGUACAUCAUAUCUUAA